CUGUAGCCAUGCUGCGUACUAAGUGCUGGCGGUUACUGUUUGGUAGUGUAGCUUGUCUCCGGAAUGAUGUGAGACCGAGCUGCCGGGAUGUGCGCCGUAUAUGGAGUCUUCUAGCUGGCCAUUAUAAUUCUUCUGUGUGUACCCCAAACUCCCACCUUAAUGUACACUUCCCCAAGCUUUACUGCUCCUCCAGCACCCAACAAGAGAGAGACUCAUUGGGGAGGCUGGAGACCACUCACUACCAGCUAAUAUAUACUUGUAAGGUUUGCUCUACACGGUCUAUGAAAACUAUAUCAAAAACUGCAUAUCACAAAGGGGUGGUGAUAGUAAAAUGUCCCGGCUGUAAAAAUCAUCACAUCAUAGCAGAUAAUUUAGGAUGGUUCUCAGAUCUGGAAGGCAAAAAGAAUAUUGAAGAAAUUCUUGCCACUAAAGGCGAAAAAGUUCGACGCAUUGUUGGAGAAGAAGCCUUGGAGCUGCUAGUGGAAAAUACAACCAGCGAGGACCAGCAGAAUGUUGCUGAAGACAAACCGGAGCAGUCCACUGAAGCCACGGAGAAGCCUGGAACAUAAAGCUACAAAUUAGAUUUCAUUACACUAUAACAAUGUCAUGGGAUGGGCAGUAUAUCAGUUUUAAAGCUGGUAACAUCCCUCUUCCCCACAGAAAUAAACAAAUUUAAAGAAAGUCUAAAUAGAUUUCAAAACCAUUGUAUAAUAUUUCUGUUAUGGACUUAAGUUUCACUAUCACAUUUAUUAUUCAAUUCAUAAGUUAAAGGGACAUAAUACUCAUGUGCUAAAUCACUUGAAACUGAUGCAGUAUAAACUGUAAAAGGCCGAUGGGAAUAUAGCACCUGAGAAUCUCUAUGUAAAAAAGGAAGAUAUUUUACCUUACAAUUUCCUCAGCUCAGCAGAGUAAGUUCUGUGUAAAAAGUUACUCAGCUGCUGUCCAACUGCAGGUAAAAAAUGGAAGAAAUGAACAGCAUCAUCAGUGCUGAGGUCAUGAACUCUUUUACUGUGAUCUCAUGAGAUUUCAUAGUAAACUUCCUUAAACUGAAUAGAGAAAUAACAUGAGUGUGCAUGAGGCUCACUCCCUUGCCUGUCCCUGGACAGGAAUACUUAUUUGCUGCUUAGUCCCAUUACAAUGGGGUGGGAAUACUUAGGACAUUUUCAGGUAAAAUAUCUUUCUUUUUUACAUAGAGAUGUUCAGGUGAUAUUUUCUAGUCUGCUUUUUACAGCUAUACUGCAUCACUUUCAAGUGUCUCAACAUUUGGGUAUCAUGGCCCUUUAACUUUUUAUGGGGAACUCAUUUUAUUAUGUUCCUUCAGGAAGGUGGCAAUUUGCCCCCAGUAUUUUCAAAACCUGGUUCUUUUGAAUAUAUCAACCAAUGGGUUACAAAUCUGUGUACUGAUGGUGUAAUUACUUUGUAAACAAACUAUUUAAAGUUGAUAGUAAAUGUUUUCUUAAGCAUUAUAACUAAAUAAAAUAUAUUUGAUAAUUUAUGAUA